UAUAAAUUACCCGAUCAUGUCACUAUGGAAGAGGGUGCUCUACUAGAACCUUUAGCCGUUGGUAUGGCUAGUUGUCGACGUGCUAAAGUUGGCUUAGGAUCCGAAGUAUUAAUUUUGGGUUGUGGUCCCAUCGGCUUGACAACUUUAGCAACUGCCACAUCGAUCGGAGCUUCAAAAGUUUUAAUAGUCGACAAGAAGAAGGAUCGUUUAGAAAUUGCUAAAAGUUUUGGCGCCGACACUUUGCAUCUGAACGAAAAUUGCAAUCCAAAGGAUUUAGCUCAAAGUAUACAUGCAACUAUGGGCUGCAUACCCGACAAAUGCUUCGAUUGUGUGGGAACCAUAGAGUCGUUGAAGUUAGCUAUUUACACAACCCGUCCGGGAGGUAUGUGCACUUUGGUAGGAGUACCUGAUGGCAAAAUUGUAUUACCUUUAAUAGACGCCAUGUCCAGAGAAGUCGAUAUUUUGGGUGUUGUUAAUUAUCGCAAUGAGUACUUAUCAUAUCACAGUUAUCCUAUAGCUUUGGCUAUGGCUGCUUCCUUUGAACUAAGUUUACCAGCCAUUAUAUCACAUCACUUCCCGUUGGAGCAAAUAUCUCUUGCUUUUGAAACUGCGAAACUCCAAGCAGAUGGUACUUUGAAGCUUACUUUUCAAGAGUACUCUUAUAAGGGAUGGAAUCCAAGAAAUACACCCAUCUAG